AGACAGACAGACAGACAGACAGAAAGACAGAAAGACACAGACAGACAGACAGACAGACAGACACAGACAGACAGACAGACAGAAAGACACAGACAGACAGACAGACAGACAGAUACACACACACACACACACACACACAGGUAAAGAAAGCCUCCCAUCAUGGACAGGGUUUCAGGUUGAGAUGUUCUGGCUCAGGAUGACUUCCUGUCUGUUGUCCCUCCUUUUUCCUUUGGUGUCCUCCAUCAUGGCCACCGACCAACCCGCAGGCUGCAAAAUCCGCAUCACUGACAAAGGACUGGAGAUGUUGAAGUCUGAGACUGAGAAGUUUGUUGAAGAGGAGCUUAGUAACAUCAGUAUGCCAGAGAUGAGGGGCACAGAAGGACGUUUCCAAUACACCAUCACUGAUGUGAAGAUCACUGAGUUGAAUCUGACUCAUGCUGACCUGCAGUUCAUCCCUGAAGUCGGUUUAAUGUUCGAUGUUCAGAACUCUUCGAUCUCACUGAGUUUCCACCGACGGAUCCUCUACUGGUUCUUUUAUGACACGGGGAACAUCAACGCGUCGGCGGAAGGUGUGAACAUCAACACAGCUCUGAACCUGAUAAGAGAUGAUCAGGGACGACUGAAGAUCAACAACAUCACCUGUGACGCCAAAGUGUCCAAGAUGAGGGCCAAGUUCAGUGGGACACUCGGGAGAGUUUAUGACUUCCUGGCGAGUUUUCUGACAACAGGCAUGCGCUUCCUCCUCAAUCAAAAGAUCUGUCCUGCUCUGAACCACGCUGCUCUGGUCCACGUGAACUCCAUGUUGGAGACGAUCCCUGUGAGGACGGAGGUUGAUCAGUAUAUUGGGAUCGAUUAUUCUCUGAUCAAUGAUCCGAUUGUGACGUCUCAGAGCCUCGACAUGAACUUCAGGGGGAUGUUCUUUGACCUCUCUGAUCCAAACGACACGUUGGCGAACUACGCUGUUGACCCGGUGAUCAGAGAGUAUGACCGGAUGGUCUACCUUGCUCUGUCCGAGUUCUUCUUCGACAGCGGGAUGUUUUCUUACUACAGAGCAGGAAUCUUCCAGAUCCACAUCGUCAACGAGAAGAUGCCCAAAGACCUCGAGAUGUUGCUGAGAACCACCUACUUCGGAACCAUCAUGAUGCUGAACCCGGCUCUGGUGGAGGCUCCACUGUCCCUGCAGCUCGCAGUCAACUCUCCUCCAAAAACCUCCAUUAAGACAUCGGGGGCGACAGUUGUGAUGACAGCCACUGUCAAGGUGAUGGUCCUGCCUCCAGGUCAGCCUCCGGUCCAGCUGAGCAGCAUGACCAUGGAGUCAAAGUUUAAUGCCAAAGUUUCUAUGAAGGGGAAACGUCUGGCUGUUCAUGCUGACCUCCGCAGGUUUAAAAUUUUCUCCAAUCAGUCGGCUCUGGAGUCUUUGGCAUUGAUUCCUCUUCAGGCCCCUCUGAAGACGAUGUUGCAGAUGUCAGUCGUUCCUUUAAUCAACAACUGGACGAAGCGAGGAGUUCAGAUUCCACUGGCUGAUGGGAUGGAUUUCAUUGAGGAGGUUGUUGAAUAUCACAAUGGUUUCAUUGUGAUUGGAGCGAAUCUUCACUUCAACAAAGGACUGAGAGAAAUGAUAUCAGGUGCCAAUCAGACAGAGACCAACAUGUAAACAUGUAAACAUCUACAGAUAUAUUUAUAGACACUGUGAACAUAUAACUCACUGUGUGAACACAACAUAUAACAAGAUGUUACAGUUUUUCUCAGUGACGUUGGUACAUUUCUCAGAUCAGAAUUGAAAUUCUCAAAACUACUUGUUCAAUCUUCACAUCAUUGUGUCACUUGUGCACAUCAAAAAAGCAGUUUCUCAUUUCUUUGAACAAGUUGCAAAUGAUUUGGUACAUCCAUGCAAAUGAUUAUGUACAAUUCUCUGCUCUUUCCUACAUUAUCAAUUGCUUAUGUCAUGUUGAUCAAAAUGUAUUACAAUGGGUCUCAGUUGAAUAGUCUUACCUCCACAACAUUGAGGCAUUAGUUUAUUGCAUAAGUCUUUACGUGCAAAAUGCCUGAACAAGUUGUCAUAAUAUGUCAAGCAUAUUUCUAUAUUGUACAUUUCCAUUAGACUUUUUUCUAAAUCUGUCCUAAACUGGUAAAUUGCUCCCAGGUGAAUCCUGACUUUCUGUAAUGAAGGGAAAUGUGUGAAGCAUUAGAUCAACUAAUGAUUCACCAGUUUUCUGAAAUAAGCUCAAAGGUGCAUCUCAUGAACCAUCAACUGGCAAGUAUAUAUAUAGCUGGAAUACAACACAAUGUUACAAUAUCUGACAAUGGAAGGACAAGGAAUUGGACGGGGUCAACAGCCAGAGAGAAGAAGAAGAGGAGGGAGUUUCUUUGUUUGUGCUCUGCAGUGUUGUCUUCUGCUCUCUGUAUUGCAAUGACAUGGUCUGUCAACAAAUUACAGUAGAAACAGUAAAAGCGUAAAUUUGAACAUUGUCCAGUCUCUUCAAUCAAUCUCCCACAUACACUAAGAUGUAACUUACAAUUUACAAUGAUUGUCAUCAAAACUUUAGCCAUAGUUUACAUCAGAACAUCCCUCCAGAGCACACUGUUAUAUUGACAACAUGACUAAGCAAUUUGACUGUCUUAUCCGUACACAAUCACACAAGGACUUGUCAUUCUGAUGGCAUUGACAUAUUUACUGACACAGAUAUUUACUUUUGAGAGAUGAACUAAGGAUUUUGACCAAAGGGCAGCCCCCUCAGUCUGACAUUUCUCCACUUUGUGCAUGUAUAGGUCCUGUUUGUGCAUGUGUGUGUCUUUCAGACCUGUGUGUAAUUGACAAGUAAGAGUGAAAACAUUGAAUUUGUCUUUAGGGGAUUAAUAAAGUAAAUAAAGUAAAUAAACUUAAACUUUGAGGAAGAGACUGGAUUUUGCAGGUAAUCCAUGGUUGUUUUGCUAUUUGUAGGAACUGUUUUGAGAAAUGCACUUAAUGUUUUGCAAAUGUCGAGUAUGAUUUUAGAAAUCUACCAAAGUGACUGAGAAAAACUGUAAUAUAUUAAAAACAUAUCAGUAAAGGACGAUCCCAAAGACAGCCUCAAAACUAACACACACACACACACACACACACACACACACACACAGUAAGUAUAUACACACUGAUAUAUACUGGUAUGUGGAGUUUUUCCUGAUCAGCUGUGAGGGUGCUAAUGACAGAGGGAUGUCGUAUGCUGUAAAGCCCUGUGAGGCAAAUUGUAAUUUGUGAUAUUGGGCUUUAUAAAUAAAAUUGAUUGAUUGAUUGAUUGAUUG